AUGUCAGAACAAGAGGAGUCAAUUGAAUCAUCAUCAUCAUCAUCAAACAAUAUCAAUGGUCAAUCGAUACCAUCGUUUGCCGACUUUAAGAUCACCAUCUCAAUACCACCAGACAAUCCUCCAAUCUCUCAAGUCGAUCAGUCAGGUCUAGAAUACCAUGCUGUCCAACCAAACAGCGAGGGACGUUUCGUUCAAGUAUUGAACCAGAUCAAACAACAGGAGUACCUUCAAUCACUGAUCGACAAGAAGAAAGUGAAUAAGGAUGAGUCAAAGGAUGAGGCUGACUCUCUACAGGCUGCUGCCAACCCAAUGGCAGAGUUCACCGAUCAUAUGAACUUGGCUCGCAUUGAACUCGAACAAAUGAUCUUCUUGAUCGAUAUGAUCAGAACAGAGAAGCACAUCACACUGGCCAGCACUGACAAGCCACCUCCAUCAGAGAAUCGUGAACUAUGUGAGACUGUACAAAAGGUCUCUUUAAAGCAAAAGGCAUUGAGUGAUAUGGCCAAUAGACUUACACAAGGAGCAGCUAGGAUGAAAUCAACUGUUGCCACGGCAUCAUCAUGGUGGGGCGAUGUAUCUACACUACGAUCAAAGUGGAGACUGAAAGGAAAGGAAUCUGCUGGCUCAAUGAUGGCCCCACUUGGCGCUAUUAAGAGCAACAGCAAGCGACUAUCCAUUGACUAUGGAUCAUAUACAUCUGGAUCAUUUGUCGAACAAACCGAGGCAGACCUAUCACGAAAUGCUAAGGGAGAGAUCAGUAUAUCAUUCCCAAACCUGUCGACACAGUCUGCGAUCAACAAGCGACUGUAUAUCAAGGUCAAAGCAAGAGACUCAAAGACAUUCUCCAACAACUCUAGUCAAAGUAUAGUUCGAUUGCCAGCGACAGAUCACAGCAAGUCAUACCGUGAGUUUGAACAGCUGCUUCAGCGCAUUGACACAUUGUCUGUGGAUGAGGCACGCAAGCUAUCCUUCCUCAAGUGUUCCAACCUGUUGAACAAGGCGCAAAAGUAUCAAUUCCACUCUGAACUGUUCGAGGCCUUGGCAAAGGAAGCUGCACUGGGAACAACUGGAGAGAUCGUUAUGCAGACAGAGAAGGAGAUUAGGAUAGAUUGUGGUGGAUUGAACCUUUAUGUUGGCAUGGAAUCAAGGAGUGAUGCUGGUGGUGUAGAUGAUGAUACUGAUGAAUCAAUGGAUACAGACAAGGCAACUCCAACCACAACAACAACACCAUCCAAUAAGCUACAACUGGGUGGCAAAUGUGUAUAUAAUGGACAGACAUCCGCAGCAUCAUCAGGUGUUAACCCCGAUGACGUUAACAACCGACUUCUCUUUGUUGUGAAGAUGGCACUGAAGAAGAUGUCAACACUUCAACUUAGACGAUCACAGAAACAAUUGCUGCUCAAUCCCAACAAUCGCAAUCCAAAGAUUGUAUUUGGAAGGAAACACACAAGCUCCUUCAACGACGAUCUGAUCUCAAAGACAGCAUCCAUUCUUCGACACUUGGACAUGUUCCUCCGAGUGUCCACUGUGAUUGACAUCAUCGAGCAGCGUCUACCAGUCAGGGCCAAGUACAUAUCAGCUGGCUCACUGUCCUCAUCGCUCAUCGUGCUCAGUCUGAUCAAGAGUGCACAGCUGUCUCGAGCCAUGGUUGCAAUCGAGGUCGAGGUCAAUCAGAACCAGGUGAUGGUGGUCCAAGGCCAGUCCAAGUCGACCAUCAAUGAUGAGAAGCUGGUAGGAUGCUUCAUUGUAAAUUUGAUACAGAGCUACUUUGUUGAGGAGAUGUCCGUCUCUGGCAGCACUCUAUUGGAGAUAUCAGCAUCAUCAGCGUUGGCACUCUCCACCUCUUCUUCUUCUUCGUCAAACAAGACAUUGACAUCAACAAAGAAGAAGCACAAAGGAAUGAAUGGAUAUAUGAGCAAGCAAAUAACAAAUAACUCUCCUGCUCAUAAGCAUGAUGUAGAACACAACAACAACAACAACCGAAGGUAG